CAAGAGAUAAGAGAACUGUCAUUUGUCUGAUACAAAUAUUGAUUUUCCACAAUUUUCCAAUUCAUGACGCAGAUUUUAACAUUAUUUAUGUGUUAUUUUAAUUUUACAAAUGAUACAAUUUAAACAAUGACUGAGUUAAAUGAACUAAAUAUGGACCCAACUCAAGUUUGUCGUGGAUGUUUGAACGCUAGCGGAGAAAUGAAAAAUAUGAUUGAUUAUGGUCUUCUAGAAGAUUUCUAUAAAUUUAGUGAAGUUAAGGUAGAUAAACCCGACAUGUUGUCUGGUCUCCUGUGUUCAUCUUGCGAGGAGGCUCUGAUGGAGUGCCGCGUAUUUAGAUUGCUGUGUCAGCAAAGUGAUGAUGUGCUCAAGAAUGCUAUGAAGGUACAGACAACUACAGUGACAGAAGAAUCUCAAUGUAAUAGUAUACAAUUUUCUUUUAAUAAUAAAAAAUUAAUAAUAAAAAUAAUUGCACCGGAUAUGAAUUCAAAAAUUGUGCUAUCAUGUCCAUACAGUUGUACUCAAUCAUUUCAAAAGAAACCUGAACUAUUGAAACAUUUGAUAACAAGACAUCAAGUAGGAAAAGACUUUAAAAUAGACCUACAAUAUUAUUGUUCCAUAGAAAACUGUACGUACAGCAUAGAUGUGUUAAAUAAUAAAUAUUUCUCAGGUAGAAAAUUUCUAAAUCAACAUUACAAUAAUGUACAUAAAUCCAAAAGUAUUAAUUGUGAUAAAUGUGAAUUAACUUUCCCGACAAAGACGGCUUUUGAAAGACAUUUGCAAACAUGUAAUUUAACAUACGAGUGUAAAAGUUGCCAUCAAGUUUACAAAACGAAUGAUAGAUUACUCGUACAUCUAAUGAGGAAGCAUCCUGUUUUACAUAAGCAAUAUAAAAUAGAGAGGAAAGCUGAAAAGAGGAAAUUAAAAACAGAAUCCAAACCGGAGAUGGAAUACUUUUGUGAUAGCCCUAAAAGAUCAUUUGCAACGCAAACAUUAAAACCUGAAGAUAAUAUAAAGAAUGAUAUUACUUUACCAUCGUGGCCGGAGAAAUCAGAUGAAACGAAGACGGAUGAAAUAUCAACUCAAACUGUGUUUGAAGAUUUGCUAUCAUUAAAAUCUCAAGCAAGCGAAGAUGAUACAAUAUAUUUUUGUGAAUCAGUAUCGGAUAUACAAACACAGACAUUCUCUAAAGAAUUUGAUUUGAAUACAUCGAACAAAGAAACUCUGACAUCAGAAACUCAAUCACCAGAUCUAAGUAUCAAGGAAACACAGACUUGUUUAUGUCUUUAUGAUUCACCGAAGUUUAAUUGUAAGUUGUUUGAUAGUGUAUCUUCAAGCCCUGUUAUGAAUUUGACGUCGACUGAAACGCAGACAGCUAAUUUUGGAUCUAUCGAUGCCUUUUUAGGUUUUAAUACAGCUGAAACUCAGACAAGUUUUGAUGAGAUAUUGGACAGUGAAUUAUGAUGUUGGCUUUAAAUUUAUGGACAUUUAAUAUCAUUGAAAUAGUGAUAUAUUAAACACAAAUUUAUAUUUGUCAACGGCAGACAAUGUUGUUUACUAUCUGCCGUCCGAGACUCUGUCUGCAGUGUAAAAAAAACUUAGUAAGUAGUCUAUGUUCUCUUCUAGACUAUGUUCUAUAUGUAUGUCAAAUUUCAGUGACAUCCGUGCAUACUUUUGAUAGAAUUAACCGAUAUACACUAAAGUCUUGUAAUAAACAUUUAAUUUGUAAUAACAAAUAUCAUCACCAUCAUCAGCUCACUAUACGUCCCCACUGAGGGGC